AUGAAUCCGGGGAGAAUGUUUUCAACUCCCCAAGAAAAAAGAGUUACUCAAAAUGGGGAUCGUUGGAUUCCUUUUACUCAGCAAAGGCCGGUUUUGCAAAGACCCGGCCUUGUUCCAGCUGAAAUGCCGGGGAAUCAGAUGGAAAUGGGGGAAUGGCAAAACCUGCUCGGGGUGUAUGGUGGAAUUUUACGAAAGCCAGAUUGUGAUACUGGAGCAGUUCAGAAACCUGCCAUGUCAGUGAGUUUGAAUAAUGGGCGUAUUGGUCACUGGACUGAUGUAGCAGUCAAGAACAGACGCCCUGAUGUAGAUAUCAACUGCUCUGAAAAUGUAGCAGACCACAGUAAGCCUGCUUGCACCAGAGUUAAUUCUUUAGCAGAAUUGUUGGGGAUGAAGAGUCCAUCGUAUGUGCAAUCCACCAGCGGAAGAUCAAGCAAUAUCAUCCAUCUUGGUGAUUUAUCAACCUUUCAGAAAUCGUAUUCUCAAGUUGACAGCAGAUAUGAACAGCAACUCGAGUCUCUAAGUCAAACACUGCUCAACGAGAAUCAAGUGUUUAAAAGUCCAAAUCAGACAUUUGACUGUUUUAACAACCGGCGCCUAUCACUUGAUGGCGUGCGAGGCCCUUAUCAGGUCAAUAAAUCCUUGAUUUCACCCUUGGCACCAGAUGCUGGCACAAUUCCAAGCACAAAUAGUUUCUCCACAUUUGAACCAGCAACUCCAGAGAGGAACCACUUCAAGGACAACCAGCAUUUUGAGAGGCAAAAUUUUCCGAUACAAGAAAGCUUGAAAGAUAAGCAGGAGAAUGUUCUUGGGUCAAUGCAAUCCAAAGAUGACCACUCUGAUAAACUGUCGCAGAGAGUUACAGAUUCAUUGGUUGUCAUAUCAUCAUCGAAUGAAAAGGUCAAUAAAGACAAUGUUGGUCAUGUGGACAUCGACUUAAACAGGACACCAGCAUCGAGAACUCCCAAAAGGCGAAAACACCGGCCAAAGGUAGUAAUAGAAGGGAAACCCAAAAGAACUCCAAAGCCUGCUGCCCCAAGAGAUGGUACUCCAAAAGAGGCCCCAUCAGGAAAAAGGAAGUAUGUCCGCAAAGACGGCCUCAAAGCUUCAACAUCUGAACAAACCGAAGUAGCUGAAUCCGCUGCCCCAAAAAAUAGCACUCCGAAUGAGAACCCAUCGGGAAAAAGGAAGUAUGUCCGCAGAAAGGGCCCCAAAGCUUCAACUACCGGACAAACCAAAGUUGCUAACAAGGACAAAGUGACUGAUGCUGGAGAGACACCAAAAUCAUGUCGGAAAGUGCUAAACUUUGACUUGGAAGACAUAACAAAAGAUGAAAGACUGGCAAGUACCAAUAUUAGCCAUGAAGAAAAACAUCAACAAAGAAAAGUGUUUUUUGAUUUGAACUUGAAUUCUCAAGACAUGGAGUCAUCUUUGGCUAUCAUGGAAGGUUCUGCAAUAUCAGCUGCUCAGAAUAGGAAAGCAGAAUUUGCAGAGAAACUGCUGACAGAAAAGCCAAAAGAUUUGGGAUUGCCACUCUCUUCAGCAAAUCAUGUUACAGCAAAUAAUCAUGCACUGAAUGCCAUCGCAAGGAGUUUAAGUAUGCGGAAUGUUAAUCCAUACCAAAACAGCCUUCAGCUUGGGUAUGACCAAGGGCGAUUAGAUGAAGCCAAAGUAGGCCAGGUUGUCUUUGAUAGUAGACUAAAGAGAGACGAACCAAGACAGCUGGCAAUGGAAAGGAUGCCCCUGCUUUUGAAAGACAGGGCAUGUGCACCCAACAAAAUAGGUGCCAGUAGAGAUCAGCGCCCCAGUUCUGCAUUUCAACCGAGAAUAUUCAGCCAGAUGGGACAUUGCAGCACACUUAGUUUAGGAGGUACAGAGAUUAACAAGAAAAUGAAGUUCAAUUCUGAAAUAAGUGGUACUUCCUCUACUGCAGCUUCAAUACAUGACUCAAGAAAUUUCCAGUCAAAAAGUGUGAGCAUAAACAGAUGCAAUGGAUUCCCAGGAUCUGAUCACAGUGGAGCCAGUGGAGAGGCUACUAGGCAUUGUGCUAGUCCCAUGGUUGUUAAACAUAACACCCAAAAGCAACCUGAAUCAUCUCAAUUCCAAUAUCACACACAGCCAAUAUCACAGCAUGGAUCCAAAUCAGAGCCCAGAAGCAGUAACUGGAAUCUUCGAUAUCCAUCCCAAACGUUGGCUAUGGUGCUACAAAGUAUUGAGAAAAGAUUUGCACAUAGUAGGCUGCUAUGCCAGAUGCAGAACGUGAGGCAGACAUCACCCGCACAGAUGCAGAACAUGGGGCAGGCAUCACCCGCACAAAUGCAGAACAUGAGACAGGCAUCACCCGCACAAAUGCACAACAUGGGGCAGACAUCACCCAAUGAACUACUCAAUAAUCAGGAGCUGCUUACAAGAGAGAACAAGAACUCACAAGCUACACAACAUCACCCAACAAAAGCUACAGGCUUACAAGGAACACGCAGAUAUGCUGUGUCAGUCGAUAUAAUCACACAACAAUUGGAACGCCUUGUUAUUGGUUAUAGCAAGAAAAAUGCUGCUCAAGAGGAGCAAAAGGCCCUUGUUCCAUACAAUGGAGUUGGCACAAUUAUCCCAUAUGAGGGAUUUGAUCCUACCAAAAGGCGUAAACCACGGCCUAGUGUGGACAUUGACUUGGAGACAAUCAGAGAAUGGAACUUCUUAAUGUGGGAGGAAGGAAGGGCAGAGCCAAUGGACAAGGACAGGGAAAAAUGGUGGGAAGAUGAAAGGAAAAUUGUCCAUGGACGGGUAGACUCUUUUGUCGCACGAAUGCGCCUUGUUCAAGGGGAUAGGAGGUUCUCACCUUGGAAGGGAUCUGUAGUCGACUCAGUAAUAGGAGUGUUCCUCACUCAAAAUGUUUCAGAUCAUCUCUCAAGCUCUGCUUUCAUGUGCCUUGCAGCCAAGUUCCCCUUGCAGCCAACAAGCACCAAAAAUACCCUCUCCCAAGGCCGGUGUAACAUAGUAGUGGAGGAACCAGAAGUUGAAAUAAUAGAUCCAAAUGGGACUACCAUAUAUCAUAAAGCUAGACCACAACACAGAAUCGAAAAUCACCCUCAAACAACCAGAGCUUAUUUAGUAAGUGAGCACAACAGGAGAACAGACGAGGAAGUCAUUUCAAUACAAAACUCUCCCGACUCUCAUUUUCUUCAAGCCAAUGAAGAACUCAGGUCAAGCUCCGGAUCCGACUCAGAAUGUGAAGAGCAACCAAGUUCGCCCAACUUGAACAUAAACAGCACUCGAGCAAACCAUUCUCCAAUGACAAAGUGGACUGCUGCAUUCCAGAACUAUCAGAGUCACUUUAUGAGGAACAUACUUACAGAAAAGUUGUCCUUCGUUGGGAAUCAGAAGACAGAAACUGUAGAGGAUACCAGGCAUAAACAAAAUCUUGAUGCAGAGACAUGUUUACAUGGCUUUCCAAUCAACCCCCGUGUUCGGGUUCAAGAAAUAUCAGUAAGAACUGCCAGGAAUUCCUGGUUGACCAAGACACCAGAAUUUGGAAAACAUGAAAUAGCAUGCCAUGAGAAAGAAAUUCCCGCCUCUUUGACUUCAAUAACUCCACAACUCAAUGCAGCAAAAGGAGUAGAUUUCAUGAGCAAAAGUGUGAAACAGAUAGCAGGAAAUUCGAGUAAUUUGAUAGCUCAGCAAACCACACCUCCCGUUAUUCAUGCACCCAGGAUGGGAGAAUAUGCAUUUGCAGAACACAGAGGACAGAUGAGAAAUUUGCGAAGGCAACCUCACAAUUCAAAUAACCAACAUUCUGCAAGUUCCUAUCAAAAGGAGAUGGCAAUGGUCUCAGAACUAAAAAGCGCUUGCAUCCGACAGUCAGUAAACCAUUCAGAAGCCGUUGCUAAAGGACAAGAAGAAGGUCAAGCUUAUCAUUCAAGCAACCAACCCAGUGAAACAGGCGCUAGCAUCUCAAAGAAAAGAAAAAGAAAAGUCGAGGAAGGAGAUAAGAAAGCUUUUGACUGGGAUAGUUUGAGAAAGGAAGUCCAAUCCAAGAGUGGGAAAAAAGAAAGAAGCAAGGAUGCAAUGGACUCAUUGAACUACGAAGCAGUUCGAAGAGCAGCAGUCAAAGAAAUUUCUGAUGCUAUUAAGGAACGAGGGAUGAACAACAUGCUGGCAGAGCGAAUUAAGGACUUCCUCAACAGACUGGUAAGGGAUCAUGGAAGUAUUGACCUAGAAUGGUUGAGAGAUGUGGCCCCCGAAAAAGUAAAAGAGUACCUAUUAAGUAUUCGCGGACUGGGUCUGAAAAGUGUAGAAUGCGUGCGGCUUUUAACACUUCAUAACCUUGCUUUUCCAGUUGACACAAAUGUUGGACGAAUCGCUGUCCGAUUAGGAUGGGUUCCUCUCCGACCACUUCCUGAGUCAAUGCAGUUGCAUCUUCUUGAACUGUAUCCAAUUCUGGAGACAAUUCAGAAGUAUCUCUGGCCAAGACUAUGCAAGCUCGACCAAAAAACACUGUAUGAGUUGCAUUACCACAUGAUUACCUUUGGAAAGGUUUUCUGCACCAAAAGUAAGCCCAACUGUAAUGCAUGUCCACUGCGAGCUGAGUGCAGACACUUCGCUAGUGCUUACGCAAGUGCAAGACUGGCCCUUCCUGGCCCAGAAGAGAAGAGUAUAGUGAGUUCAGCAGUUCCAAUCUCUGGUGAGGGAAAUGCAGUUGCCGCAGUCAUACCUAUGCUAUUACCACCCACAGCUGAAGGAAGAAGGAUGCACCCGUGUGCUCCAGUUGAAGCUGAUAACUUCCCUUUUUUCCUAAAAGGGCCAUUGUCAAUUCCUCAAGAGAUGACCAACUUAUUAGAUAGAGAAACAACACUCAUUACCACCAUCUGUGAACCUACUAUUGAGGAACCAAAAACACCGGAUCCAUUGCCAGACCUAUUAGCAAGCGACAUUGAGGAUGGAUUUUUUGAGGAUUCCGAUGAUAUUCCAACAAUUAAACUCAACAUGAAAGAGUUCACAACCAAUUUGGAGACUAUUUUACAAGAGAAUAACACAGAAGGUGACUUCUCCAAGGCUCUGGUGGCCUUGCAUCCAGAUGCGGCUUCAAUUCCUACUCCAAAGCUGAAAAAUGUCAGCCGCUUACGGACAGAACAUUCAGUGUAUGAACUCCCAGAUUCCCAUGAAUUGUUGGAAAAGCUGGAUAAACGGGAACCAGAUGACCCAAGUCCAUACCUCUUAGCAAUUUGGACACCAGGUGAGACUGUAAAUUCAAUUGAACCACCAGAAACAAAGUGUGAUCUCAGUGGAUCAGGGAGCCUGUGCAAUGAGAAGACAUGCUUUUCAUGCAAUGGCAUAAGAGAAGCACACUCACAAACUGUAAGAGGCACACUACUGAUACCAUGCCGAACAGCAAUGAGAGGGAGCUUCCCACUCAACGGAACAUACUUCCAGGUUAAUGAGGUAUUUGCAGAUCAUAAAUCUAGUCUUAAUCCAAUUGAUGUUCCGAGAAGAUUACUAUGGUCCCUGUCAAGAAGGACCGUGUACUUUGGGACCUCUGUCUCAACAAUUUUUAAAGGCUUGCCAACAGAACAAAUUCAAUACUGCUUCUGGAAAGGAUUUGUCUGUGUAAGGGGAUUUGAUCGAGAGUCAAGAGCCCCACGACCUCUCAUUGCUAGACUGCACUUCCCUGCAAGUAAGCUAGUCAGAAACAGAAGUGAUGACAAAAAGAAGGAGGGAGCAGCUGCAGAGAAGGUUGCUGGUCGUAACACACCAAAAUCUACCCAUUAAAAGUAGAGAAAAACAAGGAGUAGGAUAGAAAUUUGAUGACUAACAUAUUGAUGGCAUUCAAUAACCUCACCGGAGAUACAAAAUUACAAAGUUACAGCAGCAAAAGAUUUGAAGUCACCCCUUAGAAAAAAGGGUGCAGUGUACAAUAAGCAGCAUCUCCUAUUCUUUCAUUUAUGCUCACAAGCUUGAGCCAUUAUUCAUGAUUUACAAGAUAGAAAGCAAGGAUAGAUGUAGGAAAAUUGAGAUGUAACAUUCAUAGUUUGAAUGUGCAAACAGUUGAUGCAUAUUGUAGUGGAAAAUCCUCUUUUAUUCA